GUUUGUUUUGUGCCGUCGUCGCGGCUGUAGCCGACCUCUCUAGCGUGCGUUGGCGGAGCGUUGCAUGUGGCGCAGCGGCGUGCUCGGACAGCUGCGCAUCCCGCGCCCAGGCUCCUUCAAAUCAGCGGGCGCGGUGGUGGUCCAGUGUCGACCGGCGUCUUGACGACGUUCCAAUAGAGGCACGCGCUUCUACACCCCCUCCGCACGCAGCUGCGACUCCGGUAGGUUGGGCUGCGCCGCAGAGCUUCUCUCGAGAAUCACGUUGGAGGAGGUCCACAGCCGCCAUGGCAGAGGCACAUCAAGCUGUGGCCUUCAGCUUCACAGUCACCCACGAAGGUGUCAACAUCAACUAUGACCGUGAAGUGCUGUUGCUCGUAUGGCAGAGUGGCUUGCGCUCGUGGAAGAAACGUGUGGCUCGCUUCCUGACCAACCUCUACAAUGGUGUAUACCCGUCUUCCUACCGGAGCCUGUACCUCUUGCUCUCCAUCGUGACGGGCUUCUCUCUGCUCGAACGUGAUGGUGGGCUCACACUGCGGCUGGCGUCGGUCAUAUCCAGCCAGAAGACAGCGGCUGGUGCGUCGACAGCCCUUCUUCCACGGUUGGCAGCCAGUGGAGUGACCAGCUUGGUGCUCUGGGUUCUCUGGAGCCUUGCACAGAGAUAUGCCCUCAAAGGACUUUUCUUGUACAAGGGAUGGAUGUAUGAAAGCAGAGGCAGUGGUAGCAAGGUGUCCUUGCCAACACAGCUUUGGUUCUGCGCUGUCAAGUUGCUCAAGGGCCAGGAUCCACUGUUGUUCAGCUACCAGUCGACACUGCCCAAGCUACCACUGCCAUCGCUAGAUGACACCAUGCAGCGUUACCUUAAGUCUGUGCGGCCUCUGCUCGAUGAUGCAAACUACAAGCGUAUGGAAGCACUGGCAGCUGAGUUCCGCAGUGGGAUUGCUGUCAAGUUGCAGCGGUACUUGUUGCUGAAGUCCUGGUGGGCGGCCAACUACGUGUCGGACUGGUGGGAAGAGUAUGUGUACUUACGAGGCCGCAGUCCCAUAAUGGUCAACUCCAACUUCUAUGCCAUUGAUGCCAUCAUGGUGAAGAUGAGCUCCAACCAGGCUGCUCGGGCAGCCAACUUGGUGUAUGCCUCGCUGCUCUUUCGCCGCGGUAUUGACACCCAGCAGAUGAGUCCCAUCAUGGUCCAGGGCAUCGUACCUCUCUGCUCCCGGCAGUAUGAGCGACAGUUCAACACGACUCGAGUCCCAGGCGUGGAGACGGACCGACUGGUCCACUACCAGGACUCGCAGCAUGUGGCGGUUUACCACCGAGGCCGCUUCUUCAAGCUCUCUGUAUACCACAAGCACCGCCUGCUGCAGCCCUGUGACCUUCAGCGGCAGAUCCAGCGCAUCCUGGACUACACGGGUGAGCCGCAGCCGGGGGAGGCUCACUUGGGAGCCCUGACGGCCGGCGAGCGGAGCCAGUGGGCGCACCUCCGCGAGACCCACUUCCGCAAGGGCCUCAACCGCAUCUCGCUCGACGCCAUCGAGAAGGCCGCAUUCGUGCUCGUGCUUGAUGAGGAUGAGUACCGGUAUGAUCCAAGCAACCCAAAUGAGUUGAACCACUACGCACGUGCCUUGCUCCAUGGCCGCGGGUACGACCGGUGGUUCGACAAGUCCUUCAACCUCGUAGUGGGCAGAAAUGGCCGGGUGGGCUUCAAUGCGGAGCACUCCUGGGCUGACGCUCCCAUCAUGGGUCACUAUUGGGAGUUCGUGCUUGCCCAGGACUUCUUCAUCCUCAAAUAUGAUGAAAGCGGAAACACCAGGGGCCAUUCUAGCCUGGAGUUGCCUACUCCCAUACGGCUACGGUGGGACUUGUCUCAAGAUCUGAUUGAGAGAAUAGAGGAGAGUGUGCUAUGUGCACAAACGUUGCUCGAAGAUGUCGACCUCCACCUGCUGACGCAUCCUGCCUACGGGAAGGGCUUCAUGAAGAAGUGUCGAUGUAGUCCCGAUGCCUACCUCCAGAUGGCGUUGCAGCUCGCCUACUACAGAGAUGCUGGGCGCUUCAGCUUAACGUACGAGGCGUCAAUGACGCGGCUGUUCCGGGAGGGCCGAACGGAGACUGUGCGGCCGGUGACGUGCGAGUCUCGAGCAUGGGUGCUCGCCAUGCAGGACCCGACAGCCACACUGCAGGAGAAACGGGAGAAGCUCGGCAUUGCCUGCAAGCAGCACCAAAAAGGGUACCAAGAUGCUAUGUGUGGCAAGGGCAUUGACCGGCACCUGUUCUGCCUUUAUGUGGUCUCCAAGUACCUGGAGGUUGACUCGCUGUUCCUUCGCGAGGUGCUCAGUGAGCCCUGGCGCCUGUCGACCAGCCAGACGCCUUACAACCAGACGAGCUUACUCGACCUAAGCAAGUUCCCCGACUUCAUCUCAGCCGGCGGCGGUUUUGGCCCUGUUGCUGACGAUGGCUAUGGUGUCUCGUACCUAAUUGCGGGAGAAGACCACCUCUUUUUCCAUGUGUCCAGCAAGCGCUCCUCGCCAGAGACUGACUCACUCCGGUUUGCCAACCACAUCGAGCAGUCACUCAAGGACAUGAAAGCCCUUUUUGACUGAAGGCGUGUACACACUGCACAGGAGCCAGCCAAGCCCAGUGGGGAGGGCCGUGUUCAUCUCCGAGUGUGGCCUACAACCCUAUUUUCCCUCCAGCCCUAUCAAUGCAACUGCGGCAGACGCUUGUUAGUCCGCAGCAACCCUUUUUAACUCGCGAGUUUUACUAAAAAAAAAGUUGCCUGCAAGUGGCAUAACAACAGACUGAUGGCCAAGCUACUGUGAGCCAAGAGAGUUUUAAGAUGUGCACUUGCAAUGUGCAGCUGGUUGUGAGGAGUGUGCGAUGUGAGAGAGUGCAGUGAAUAGGCAUGUGUGGAUCUCACUGCCAACAAGUUUUAUUUUCGCCUCCCACCCGUCUUCAAAGAGAUGCCUCCCAGCGAGCAGUUGCAAUGAACUGGGGUGGGAGGGCACAAGUCUUGCAACAUCUGGGGUAGAGAGCAGCAGUAUAUUGUUGGUGUGUUGUGGCACACGUGUGCUUUCAGAGCAGUGUUUUUAUUUACAUGUGGGGACUAUGUUUUGUUGUAAGACCAUGGGGUACAAAAUAAAGCAAUGCAGAGCUAA